AUGUCCAAAUACAUCAUGUCGGCCUUUCAUGAGCAAUAUCCACGCGACUCUCCGGACAGAGAAUUCCCACAUGACUCCACAGCGAUAACUAAAGGCCACCUAACCGCCAAAAUUAAAAACAUCAGAGGGAAAUACAGGCAGGCAGUGGACAGUGGGCGACGGAGUGGCCAUGGGCGUGUGGUGCUCAUGUUUUUUGAACUCUGCGAGGAGAUCUGGGGAGGAUCGCCUGCAACACGCUCCAUUGAACAAGGCAUUGAGACGGCGGACCUGGUCGAGACGUCUUCAUCGACCUCGGAGCUGCCCACUGACUCGCCACAGUCGUCAGACUUUGUUGAAAGUCUGCUGCCUCCUCCAGUCGUAAGGCAGCGCAGAGAGAUGCUGCAGGCAAAGCUAAAUAGCCACAGAGGGGACAGGCUGAAAAGAAAGGUCCCUGCCGAUACAGGACAGGAAGAGUUGCAGCUGAAACGGAGGAUGCUGGACCUAAUGGAGGAGUCCUCUGUAGCGUCUUGCUCCGUGAAAGGCAGUCAGACGUACCUGGGACCGAGGUGGAUGGAGAUCGUCCUGCAGAUCUGCCUAACGAUGACAGACACGGCCUGGCGCGACACACCGAAGGCGUUUGCAGUCUUCCGUAGCCUUCCUUCGUCGCUCAAAUAA